AUGACAUUUACAAAAAAUGUCGAUAAACUGUUUUUAAAUGCUCAGCAGUUUUUUUUUUUUCUGGUUCAUGAUCUUCCUACAGAGGUCAUCCUCGUUAAAUUAGCUUUAUUUUACUAUUGUAGCCCAGCACCAUCUAAUUUAUUCUUCUUCUUUCCUCCUCCCCCCUCAUCACCUUGUUUUCCCUCUCUGUCACCAUCUUCCUCCUUUUUCCUCAUCUUAUUCUCAAUGUUCUCUCCUUUUUUUCCUUUUCUUUUUCCAGCUGUCUCAAUGCCUUCUCUUCUUGUCCUCCUUUUUCUCAUCUCUUUGUCCUCUUUCUCACUUCUCUGUUUUUCCUCAAUCUUCUUUACUCUUCAUCCUUAUUCACUCACUACACAUCACUCGUUUCUUUGUAAUUUGCAUCUAUUAUUUUAUUUUACCUUUUUUAUCGUGCCACCUCCCUCAUCACAUUGCCCUUUUCCUCGUCCAGCACCCCUUUGCUUUUCUCCACCUACACGUUUUAUUCUUUCAAUUUUUUUCCUCUCUUUACUUUCGUUUUUCGCUUCCUCUUUCAACUUUUCUUUAUUUUCCAGUCGUCUUCUCCCUCUUUUCUUCUUCACUUUUAACUCCUCCUUCAUCCGGUGCUCUUCCUCCCCUUUCUCCUUAUUUAUAGUCCAUCUCACCCUACUACUUUUCUUCAUCACUUACUGCUUUCUUUCUUCAUUUCAUCCUGUUUACUUUCUUCAUCUCCUCCUGCUUCCUUUUUUCAUCCCCCUCUGCUUCUUUUCUUCAUCUCUUUCUGUUGCUUUUCUUCAUCUCCUCCUGCUUCUUUUCUUCAUCUCCUCCUGCUUCCCUUUCUUUAUCUCCUUCUGUUGCCUUUUUAUCACCUUCUGUUGCCUUUCUUUAUCUCUUCCUGCUCCUUUUCUUCAUCUCCUUCUGUUGCCUUUCUUCAUCUCCUCCUGUUGCCUUUCUUCAUCUCCUCCUGUUGCCUUCCUUCAUCUCCUCCUGCUUCCUUUCUUCCUCUCCUGCUUCCUUUCUUCCUCUCCUGCUUCUUUCUUCAUCUUCUCCUGCUCCUUUCUAAAUAUCCUCUUGCUUCCUUUCUUCAUCAGGACUUGUUUCGUUUCUUUUCUUCGUCCUCUAAUUAAGCUUCUUCCCCCAACUUCUACAUUUUCACCUUCUGACAAAUUGAUUUACUUUUAA